UACUGAUGCAUGGUGAGGAUUUAGGCUACGAUCCUAUGUCCAUUUACUCGGGAGUAAGCCGCAUUUAACUCAAUGGGACUUACUUCUGAGUAGGCAUGUCUAGGAUUGCUAGGCCACACUGAGACGGUUAUUCCCAUAAAGGCAGCCUAAAAAUAAUUUAAAAUGGAAUAAUAUUUCUUUUGCUGUUUCGUUUUAAGCCAUUCCGUAAAACACCCACGUGUGCAAUUUGUGUCUCUGAGACUGGCUCUGAAAAUGGCUUUAAAGCUGCUGCCUCAGGAUCCCAAAGACGAAGGCACACAGAGGUGCAGACUAGGGCCUACAGUUUUUUCCUUCUUGGGUGCCACGCUGGGCUCUCCAGUUAGGAUCACGCUACCUGAUGGAUGCUGUCUGUGUACAGCUUGGCCUCGGCAUGAUAUGGCUGAUGGCUACUUGCAGUUCGAUCUCAAAUGCAGAACCCGGGGCUUAAAGGAGAGCAAGCUGAGAAAUCAAACUGUGAGCCUUGAUUGCUUGAAGCUCCUGACCUGUCACAGGCUAAGAAGAGUGACAGUCAAAGUUGUUUUUAAAAACCGCGCCUUGAAAAAAUCCACUCCAACUGCCUUGCUGCAGGAAGUGGUGAAAGAACUUCUAAGAAAUGCACACAUCUGCCUUCAUCACGUUGUGACGUUUGGCCCAAUUCUGAGCAAUCCAGUGGAAUGCGUUGAAAUACUGUCCAUGGAGCCUGCCACUACAGAAGAAGCUGGCUUGGUCACUCCAAAAACCAAUAUAGCCAUUAAAGAGGCGGUCACGCUAGACUGGUAUAAUCGCUCAACGGAGGACAGUGCCAACACUGUGGUGGCGGGAAUGGACAGCAUCAGCAGCUCCUUAAAAGAGAUGAUCGAUUUGCCAUUACGCUUUCCGAAAACCUUCCAGAAGCUAGGCCUUUCUGUCCCCAGAGGAGUGCUUUUAGUGGGGCCUCCGGGGGUCGGCAAGACCCUUCUGGUGAAAGCAGUCACCAGGGAAGUGGGCGCCUGCCUGGUUUGUAUUAACGGCCCUGUUAUCUAUGGUUCACGGCCUGGUGAAAGCGAAGAAAACCUGCGACGAGCAUUUGAAGAAGCGAGAGAGCUAUCCAGUGAAGGACCAACGGUACUCUUUAUCGACGAGAUUGAUUCAUUGUGCCCUAAACGGGGGAGUUCAAGUAAUGCCCCUGAAAACCGUCUGGUGGCUCAGUUGCUAACUCUUAUCGAUGGCGUUGGGGGAGGAAAUGACAUGGUAAUCGUAGCAGCCACAAACAGGCCUGAUGCCCUUGAUCCUGCGCUGAGAAGACCGGGCAGAAUUGACCGUGAGAUUAUCAUCGGAACACCAACCCUUAAACAGAGGAAGUCGAUUUUGCAGUUGAUCACUGACAACAUGCCAGUGUCAAAUGACGUAAAUUUGCUUGAACUUGCGGAAAUAACAACUGGCUACGUUGGAGCGGACCUCACGGCACUUUGCAGAGAGGCUGCGAUGCAGGCUGUGAUCCAUACCUCUUCGGAUUCAGUUAACACUGUUCGUAUGUCUGACUUCUAUGAAGCUUUGAAAAAGAUUCAACCGUCCUCUUUUCGAAGUGGAGUUGGCCUGACAGAUUUCAAGCCUGUCACCUGGGACCAGAUUGGUGGACUUGAAGAUGUGAAAUUAAAGUUAAAACAGAGCAUUGAAUGGCCUAUAAAAUUCCCAGAAGCUUUUGUUAGGAUGGGGCUGGCCCGUCCAAAGGGAAUCCUUUUGUACGGACCAUCAGGUUGUGCCAAAACCACACUUGUAAAAGCAGCAGCCACAAGCUGCCACUGUUGUUUUCUGUCUGUGAGUGGUGCUGAUCUUUUCUCACCUUACGUUGGAGAUUCGGAGAAGAUUUUGUCUCAGGUAUUUCGUCAAGCAAGAGCAAAUACUCCAGCAAUAGUAUUCCUGGAUGAAAUUGAUGCUAUCUUAGGAUCCCGAUCAGUCGGUAAAACUGGUCACGGUGUCCAGGAGAGAGUUCUUUCUAUCCUUCUCAAUGAAUUGGAUGGCGUUGGACUUAAGUUAACCGAGAGAAGAGGAAAUAAAGCAGAACUGGAAGGUGAUAGCCGAGAGCAAAGUGAAAGUGAUAAAGAGUUGGAUCUUCAGGAGGUUUUUAAUAAAGAUGUUGUAGUUGUUGCUGCAACAAAUAGACCAGACAUGUUGGAUGAUGCCUUGUUGCGUCCUGGGCGGUUAGACAAGGUCAUCUAUGUUCCACCACCUGAUCAGAAGGGAAAGCUUUCUGUUUUGAAAAUCUGCACAAAAAAAAUUCCAAUAGAUUCUGAUGUGUCCCUGGAGGAUAUAGCAGCUCAAGCAAAUUUGUUCUCUGGAGCUGAUCUUGAAAAUCUCUGCAAGGAGGCUGCUUUGUUGGCAUUGCAAGAGAAUAACGUUGAAGCUACAACCGUGAAACACAAGCAUUUUGAAAAAUCGUUGGAGACUGUAAAACCAUCAUUAUCCCACAAAGAGUUGGAAUGUUAUGAAAAAAUGUUUAGAAAUUGAGACUGAACCUUGUAAAGCAGGAGGAGGGAAAGCCAAGCUCUGUAAAGAGAAGAGAAAAUAAAUAAGAGGCCACGGUAUUUAUUUAUUUAUUAUACACAUUUCUAUGCCACUUCUCCAGAAAUAUUCAAGGUAGCUAAUAUGCAUCACGGAAGUUCUGUGCUCUGGGGAGGAGGGGGAAGUUUCUUGGUGACAUCAUGGACACUGGCCAAUGUGGCAGAACCAGUUUGCUCUUACCUCGCUCAUGGAAGAAGAUUGUACAUCUGAACAAAAAUGCUGCAAGUGUUCUUUCAUAGCAGUCCCAUUCAUUCACCCAAUAUAUCUCGGCACAAUAAAUAUUUUGCUUUAAAACACAUUGCCAUAGAACUGAAUCUAGAGGGCAGCAAAGCUUAGUUUAACUCUGAGUGUUGACCGGGAUUAGAUGUGAGUUACAAGUGCUGUCAAAUUGGUCAGAAAUACUAACCACAGGGCUAUCAUAUUCACCAUAUUGUUAAAUGAAAAGUUGCUCCAAAAGUCUAUUAUUUAAUUUCGCUGUCUUCUUUUCACCUGUUUAUCUCACUUUGUUAUAAUAAAAUGAAAUGC